CCUAUUAACAAAUCAUGCAUCCGAUAAUUUAAUCUUGUUCCCACGUUACUAUUGUUUAUAAAAACUUACUUUUCAUAUAUUUCAAGUUGGUUAAUUGUUUUUUAAAUUGAAAAGGAAUAUGAAUUAUAUAAAUAGAACCUCAAGCACCUAAUGUGACACACUUUGUAGCUACGACUAUCAUAAAAGAUUCCCUUACAUUCAUAAUCAUGGCCAAAGCACAUUCAAAUUGUGGCACAAAUGAGUUACCCAUCGUUACAUCAGAAACAACAGAAGAAAGCCAACGGUUUAAAGUCGCUACAUUACUUCAACUUCGUUAUCCUCCCGGUUUUUUCCGAAAGGUGGUGGCGGAGGCAGUUGCCACCUUCUUGUUGGUGUUUGUGACAUGUGGAUCAGCGGCACUUGCUACAAACGAUAAACACAAGGUGUCUCAACUUGGAGCCUCGCUUGCUGGUGGUCUAAUUGUGACGGUUAUGAUUUAUGCAGUUGGACAUAUUUCAGGUGCACACAUGAACCCUGCGGUCACACUAGCGUUUUCAGCCGUGGGACAUUUACCAUGGAACCAGGUCCCGAUCUAUGCAGCUGCACAACUAACGGGGUCCAUAUCAGCUUCAUUCUGCCUACGUGUACUUUUACACGAAGUAAAACAUUUGGGCACAACAACACCUUCAGGGACAGACGAACAAGCUCUAAUAAUGGAAAUUAUCGUCACUUUUACAAUGAUGUUUGUCACUUCAGCCGUCGCCACAGAUUCUAAGGCUGUAGGGGAGUUGGCGGGUAUUGCAGUAGGAUCGGCCGUAUGCAUUACUUCCAUCUUAGCAGGACCAGUAUCAGGUGGAUCCAUGAAUCCGGCACGCACUAUCGGGCCGGCAUUAGCUAGUAAUAAUUAUAAAGGAAUUUGGGUGUAUAUUAUCGGUCCUAUAACAGGAACAGUGUUUGGGGUGAUGUGUUAUAGUUUUAUUCGAGCAACUGAUAGACCUGUGACAUUUUCUUCGUUUAAACUUAAAAGAAUGAAGGACAUCGGCGAAAAUACUACCGUUUAAAGAUAUAGUUACUUCUCUGUAAUAUAUUUUGAUGAACUAUAAUGGUUUCUCAUUAAACAAAAUGAAAAAAAUAAUAAGGUAAUAAAAUUAGUUAUUACAUUCCAUUCCAUAACAUGUUUUGUUUGUGUUAAGGAAUGGAAUGACUGUAAUGAAUCUUUUGUAUUAUAUAUAAAUAGUAAUAUGGUUUUAACAAUA